AUGAUGAGUCUGCUGCGUUUGCUCGUUGUCGGCCUUCUUGCAACCUUCACUCAGGCAUUGGCUCAAGGCGACUGCGUGGGCGACAAGAAAGAUAUUCUCGAGGUGGCCAAGAUUGCUCCGUCGACUACGUUGCUCGCCUCCUCGACCGGCAUCGCACAUGGGCUCAACGAAGCUGCUCAAGCUGCUGGCAAGUUGUGGUUCGGAGCAGCCAUCAGUAUUCCGGGGCAGGAAGAGGAUAAUGAGCACUUUCUGAGCGUAUUCCGCAGCUCGAAGGACUUCGGCCAAGCUACUCUGGCCAACAGCAUGAAGUUCGCUGCUACUGAACGUCGCCCGGGAAAGUUCGACUUCACACGUGCUGAUAAGUUCUUGGAAGUUGCGAAAGAUAAGAAGAUUCGUUGUCACGCUGUUGUUUGGCAUCGAGACCUGCCACAUUGGAUCGGGAACCCGAAAAUACCUUGGACGAAUGAGACUCUGAGCGCAGUACUCGUGGAGCACGUCCAGACCUUGGUUCGACAUUUCGGCGAUACUUGCUACUCCUGGGACGUGGUCAAUGAAGCGGUGUCAGACGAUCAGCAGGCUCAUGGAACCAUCCAGUACAGAAGCAGCAUAUGGUUCCGAGUGAUUGGCCCAGAAUAUGUGGCCAUGGCCUUUCAAGCUGCACAAAAGGUUAUCGACGAAGACAAACUCAAGGUGAAGCUCUACUAUAACGACUACGGCAUCGAAGAGCCUAGCCCGAAGUCCGCUGCGGUGCAAAUGCUAGUGAAACAGCUGAAACAUCGCGGUAUUCGAGUUGAUGGCGUGGGCCUACAGUCUCAUUUUGCCACCGGGACAACGCCGUCACUAGAGCUGCAGGAGCGCAACUUGCAAGACUUCGUGAAGCUGGAUAUCAAAGUCGCGAUAACUGAACUCGACGUGCGUUCACCAGUGCCCCCGACAGCGGAAGAUCAGCAGCAGCAGUCCAGAGACUACUACAAUACGGUGGCUGCGUGUAUGCACGUCGAGAAGUGCGUCGGAAUAACAGUUUGGGGUCUGGUCGAUGAUACCUCCUGGGUUCCCCAAAAGUUUCCAGGCUUCGGUUUUGCCAAUCUCUUUCUCCGACAGAACAAGGAGUCUGCACUUGUGAAGAAGGCGGCAUACGACGCUUGUCUGCGCGCGAUGCAAGGGAAACCAUCUCCAUGAUCUCAGCGUGCCUUAUUGCUAUGCAUGAGGUGAUUAAAUUUCCUAAAAGAGAGCGAAUAGUGCUCCAAUGACAUUUUGAUCACGAAUUCGAGCUCUCCAGUUGUUGAGGACCGCCUUUC